AGUCAUCCCAUAGUAGUCUUUAUGGCGAGGUGAAAAGCCUCAUUUAGGGAGAUAUUUCUUUCUGUACUUGAAUUAAUAUCCACUAUUUCUCUUCAUUAUUGCGGAAUUUGAACGCUGAAUGAUUUAGUAGUUCCUCUAGCUACAGAAUUAUGCUUCUUGAAAGCGACGCACCGAGGUAAUGGCGGAUAAACGGAAGCUUCAAGGUAUGAGACGAAGUGUACUGGCUUUCAUGGCUAUUUUUGAUCUGCAGAGUUUUUCGCGAACUUCCUUUUACUUCACUUCUUGUCUAUUUUUAGGGGAAAUUGACCGUUGCCUUAAGAAAGUCACAGAAGGCGUAGAAACUUUUGAAGAUAUCUGGCAAAAGGUAUCUGGCAAAGUUACAAGUCAUAAAAUCUAACAAACGUGAUUGUGAUGCUAUUCUCAGCACGUUUAACUCACUUUAGAUUAUUCCAAAUUUUUACGCAUUCUUCCAGGUUCACAAUGCUACAAAUGCGAAUCAGAAGGAAAAAUACGAGGCAGAUCUUAAGAAAGAAAUCAAGAAAUUGCAGGUUUGUUUCUUCUUUCCUCUUGUACAAUUGCAAUCUAUAUCAAUAAUAAGCUUACUUGAUAUACAGUUGUGCACCCUAUAUCAUAUCCACUUUCGGUUUGCCGCCAGUUUUUAAUUUCAAAUUAUUUUCGCCUCUUUUGCAGCGGUUGCGAGACCAAAUUAAGACAUGGAUGGCCUCGAACGAUAUCAAGGAUAAGCGAACUCUCCAAGAUAAUAGAAAGCUCAUCGAGACGGUAUAAUUUCAUAAUGUAAUCUUGUUGUUAAACUUAAUUCAAAAUGGCGUUCAUUAAUCGGCGCCAUUUUGUGACACUUGAUGUUUAUAGAUUGUACUACUUUGGCGAGAAUUAACUCAGUAUGUAACUGAUUGUUUAAUUGUAUUACCUACAAAAUCUUGUGGAUUGUAUUGCUGUAAAGUGGAUACUGUCUCAUUGUUUGCUUGUUAAAUGUUUUGUCUUGUAGCAAAUGGAGAGGUUUAAAGUUGUUGAGAGGGAGACAAAAACAAAAGCUUACUCAAAAGAAGGUAAAAUAAUUUAAGUUAAUUUAUUAUUUCGGGUUCUUGAAACAUUCUUCAUUUCACCUGCAUUGAUAUACCUCUGAGAUUCUACAUUCUCAAUUUUGUGAGACACAGAUCAUUAUUUUGUUAUUUGUUAGUUGGCUAUUUGCUGUGAAAUUCUUGAAAGGGAAUACUCACAACAAUAAGUAAGGAUGAGAAUCAUGCAGCUAUCAGUAUUAUUACUAAUUACCUAACAGCCUGUUUUCCGAGAUCUCGCCUUACCACUGAUUCGUUUGUAAAAUUUUUGAUGUGUUCAUAUGAGAGGGCGUGUUGGCUUGGUUCUCGAGAUCUCGUUUUCCAACCGGGAUGGAAAAUUUUGCCAUAUGAACACUUGAGCCUGGUUAAUGGGAUGAAAGCAAGUUGAAUUCUUCACAACAGUGCAUUCGUGGAUGGCAUUGUGUUGCUUUGCUUGUUGUAUUUUUCACAUUGCAAACGUCCCAUUUAACUACGGUGGUAAAAGCUAUGAUGGGCUCAAAUUUGGUUUCUCAAAUUUCAUACCACAACUUAUCCCCAGGAUCUUUGGCCUUUCUCACCUCUUAAACCAAACUGAAAUUUCUCAUAUGAACCCAAGGUGAAAUUUGUCACGGUAAGCGGGCCAGCUUGAUCAAGUGGUCUCAUGUGAAGAGGCCCUUGGAGCUCUGCAAGUUGUAACAAGGCACUAACCUUGUUAACAAUUUACCAUGCAACACAUCAGUUUUAUAUAUAGAUAUGUACAUCGUACAAGUACAUUGACAUGUUCAAACUUUCUUUAUUCUAUCACACCUAGUUUAUGACUUUUAAUUUUUCCAAAUUGUCACAGCUCAAGACCAGAAACUAGGUUUAAUGAUGAAUUUCCAAGGCUAGUCACAAUAACCCGGUGAUAUUGUGUGUCUGGUUUUCUUGUACUACUAAGAAAUUUUCUACCUUAUUUUCACUUGUGAUGUUGCUAUUGACAGGCCUUGGACUUGCCACUAAGAUAGAUCCAGCUACAAAAGAAAGGGAAGAGGCCAGGAUCUGGAUAACUGUAAGAAUACUAUUUUGGAGUAAAUACGUUUUGUGGUAGUUUUUUAUGUGAAAUGGAGUUAUAAUGUUUCAUUACAAAGUGCACACUUACACAUGUACAUGUAUCCUCAACGAUAUUUAAUAGUCGUGUGUAUGUUUCGUUAUAGAUGUCAUAAUUAUUAUGGAGUUAAAGAAAAAAUAAUGGUGCUUCAAUGCUUCUUUAUUUCUCCUAAAUGUUUCAUAAUGUUAAACAAAUAUUCACCCUAAUUUCUGUGAAUUACAUUCUAAUUUGGUUAAUAAUGAAAUCCAUGACAUAGUGCUUUGAUUUAUUUUUAAUGAGGCAAAUGGGUUUAUUAUGCACAUGAGGUUAGGCAUGAGAAUGUCAUGAGACCUCUUUACUUUUUUGGGAUCAUCUGUGUCAAGUUACAGGCCUUGGUAUGGUACUACUGGUAAUAAGCUCUCGUACAUUUUGUUGGCUCUUAAAGGUUGCUCAAGGACUAAGAUAAAAAUGUCGCUAAUAAGACUGUAAUUACUAGCUACACUUGGAUUAGCCCAUAUGCUUCAAUGCUGACAGGUUGUGUUUGUAAAUAACGUGUAGCACAGGAAUCAACUCAAGGCUCAAGAAGCUACCUUCAUGAAGUAUCAAAUCAUUAGUUUUCAUUAAUUUUUGGGGACUUCUUGGAUUAACAUACCAAAGAAGUACAUAUCAUUUUAAAAGACUUGCUUCAGUUUAUACUUGUCAGGCAUUGGCAUAAUGCUUAACACCAACAUUAUAAGCACCAAAUUGACAUGUACAUCAUCUAAGUACGUGUAAGAAAGCUCUAUGAAAAUCCUCGGCAACAAUAAACUACAGUAUUGAAGAAGUAAAGUGAAGUGUAGUAUUAUCAUCCUUUUCCUCAGUGCCAGGUAAUCUUCGUCUGGUUUUGGCCUAAUGAUAUUAGGAAGGUUAAGCAAUGACGACAGCGACGAGAACAGCAAAAACCCACUAGGUUUAGAUUGGCAAAAUAACAACUUUUCAUGUGCAUCAUGCUUUUUUUUACAUUUCUUAGCCCUCGUUGCACGACUACAACAUGAAAGUGCCUAAUUUCACGUUUUGUUGAGGAUGGGAAUGCAAAACAACAAUUUUCCUUUUGUUUUCUUGAAUUGUGAGAAAAUUGCCAACAUUUGAUAAAUUGAACGAGAUGGAAUAAGCAUGAUUAAGCUUGAAACAAUGAGACUUCACUCUUUUUAAGUGACGUUUUAGUAGCCGUUGCCAUCGUUGUUACUUAAGCUCCAUAUUUACUCCUUUUGGUAUUUAGUUCUGGGCCAAUAGCUCCUUGAGAUUAGCUUUGUCAACACUAAACUUCUCUUACAACUGUUAGUUCCACAAAGGUGUAGUAGCCCUUUAUAUAUGAAACAUGCACAACCAGCAAGCUGUGGGAGGGGAGGGGACCCAAAGCUGGGUUAUAGAAGAGAAUAAUGGACCACAGUUGCAUUGGCAUCUGCUUGUAUUGCCUCCUAACAGUAGAACUGCUAUACAUAGAGUUCAAGUAAUGAAAGUUUCUUACAUCAUUAUUUUUUUCCUUUUCUUUUCUUUUCUCAUUGUAGGAAGUUCUGGAUAGGCUUCAAAUAGAGGUAUGCUCUAGUUUCGCUGAUGGAAUGAUGAAUUUGAUCAUGAUGCAUUGCUAGUUGUUUAAGUUUUUUUUGUGUGUAUGCAUGUUAUCUUUUUACAUUUGUAUUCCCAACGUGGAAAAAAAAUGGACAGGUUUUAAUUCUUGCUACUCCGAUUCCAUUGCUCUUAUGACUCAUCUUACGUGUCUGUUUUUUUUUGUUUUCAUUGGGCCAUAAGCCCUCUUGCGACUCUGCUCAUGACUCUAGCACCCAACUUCAUCACCACUGGAAAUCAGUCUCAAUAAAUGGGCACCAAGAUUUUUAUUCAGAAGGGUGUCCUGUGUAUUCCCCUCUACCGAAAAUUCAUGGAAAAACUUAGUACAUGUAUCUUAGUAUAAUUUUUAUGAUUAAAACAAAUUACCUUCUAGAUAAAUAUUAUGUUGUACCCAGUUUUUAAUGUCUGACUUAAAGAAUGCUGGACCCUCUUGUUUAAUUUAGUAGUGGCAAAGUAAUACAGGAGAAAAUGUUACGUGCCAAUGUAACAUUCUCUGUUGUUUUGAUCAAAGGUGGACCAGAUUGAGUCAGAAAUAGAGCAAGUUUACGCAGGAUCACGGAAGAAGAAGCUUGACAGAGAUGUAAGAUUUGUACUAAUGAGGAAAAAAGUACAAAGUUCGAAGAUAUUACCAUUAAUUGAUAGUCCAUGAGGACAUUUGUUAUUACACAUUAUCAAAACCUUGGUUAAAAUAAUUUAUUUUACUUUUAUUUUAUUCAGUGCUUUAUUCUUUGAUAAAACUUGAAAGAAUGUUUUUUUUUUGUUGUUGUCAGGAACAUCAUUUUGCAUUACAGUACCACUCAAGUUGACUGUAUUAAAAGUGGUUGUAGAAAAUCAAAGUGAACUAAAUUUUAUCUUCCUUGUUUGUACAGAGGCAGGAUAAAGUGGAUGAACUACAAGAAUGGGCAGACAAGCAUCGACACCACAACCAACAAUGGGAGGUGAGAUUGCUAUUCCUCAGUCAUGAUUUAAUAUAUUGGCCAUUUUCUGAGGCUUUCUUGUAUAAUCUCUUAGAACCUCUAAGUUGACUGUAUGAUGUUCUUGCAUGUAUGUUUUACAGUAUUUUUGACUAUGGGGAAGUUUGCAAAAAAAAUUAUGGUUUAGAAAAUUGCCAUUCUAUUGUCUGAUGUAACAAAAGAAAGAACAUAAAGUACUUGUAGAACUUCUUACCCCAGUUCUUUAGAACAUUCUUGUUCUUAAAUGUCGUUUGAAGUUUUACUGCAAUGUUUGAUUAUAAUUUUUUUUUUCUUCAGACUAUCCUAAGGAUGCUGGACAAUGGCACAAUAGAACCUGAUGAUGUAUGUUUUUAAUUAACUCAUUAAGAUAACCUGUAAGCAAUAAAUUUAAAUGUACAGUGACAGUACAGUGUAAUAAAAAAAAAUGACUACAUUUCUGUAGGCUCAAUAAGCUGGCUUGGUACAUGUAGAUCACUGGUCUGUCAAGUGGGAUAUCAUACAACCAACCAGAGUCUUGAGAGAACUGGUGUAGUGGGUGAUGACAUUAAGCCGCUGGUCUUGUCUCCUUCAUCCAUCACAUAAAGUGAAUGCAAAAGAAUUCUUGCUGCUGUUCAAGAAGGCCAGGGGGUAGAGAGCACUGUAGAGUAUGGCUAGGGGUUCUUAUGGACCCAUAUUAUUUUACACAAGUGGUGUGUUGUCUCUUACAGUACUCAUUAAACCUGAUUUCUUCCUUUACAGAUUAAGAAAUUACAAGAUGACAUGGAUUAUUACCUAGAAUGCUACAAGGUAUUUUUUGUAGAAAAAAAAUACACGCAAUAUAGAAGACAUUAAAAAGCAAAAAUAUUAAGUUAAAACUAUUAAAGUGUACAAAAUGUUAACUCAAAUUCAUUUAAUUAAUUACAAAAUAAUUAAGAUUAUGCUUAAAAUAAUAUUUACAUUCAUGGAUUGCCUGGCUAAGAGAGUUAAAAUCCUUGAUAACAUGAAAAAAAAGCAUUGUAUGCCUUGGAAAACAAGAGCUUGGGGAAAUGAAUUAACUCUUAUUUGGUUAUGAAAUUUCCAGGGUCAUUGAUUCAGUUUUUUAUUGUUAAUGAAACAAUAAGCUGUUAUCUCUUAAUGUGUGUUUCUUUGGACAAUUCCAAACUUAGAUUCUUAGUUUAGAAUUAAUUUUGGAUUUGCUACAACUAGAGAAUAAACAAGAGAUCUUUAAAAUGAAUUAAAAUGUGGUGGGCCUCAGGAAACUAUCAGGUGACCCUGAAACUAUCAGGUCCAUUUCCAAAGAAAUGCUCAGGUGUAGAUUUAGAUUUGAUAUCGUGAAUUCACUUAGCAUGGAUUCUUUAAAUUCAAAAUCCAUGUAGGGAUUUUAGUAAAGAAAUGUGACAUCUGUUUUUGGAGUCAAGAGCCUGAAUUUUUUAUUUUCCCCAAGCAACAUACCAAAUGUUAGUGAAGUAAUGAGAUUGAAUUUUGCAGGAACCCGACUUUCAAGAGAACGAGUACAUGUAUGAUGACCUGGACCUUGAAGUUGAUAUAGCAUCGGGUAAGUAUUUUUUAUUAUUAUUUUUUCUUUGCUGAGGUGUUAGUCUCCCAUGCAGCCCUUCUUUACAUCGUCACACAAUGCCUCACCUCCCCUGGUCCCCCUCCCUGGCCCCACCAUGUUGUGUGGGGAGCACUGGAGUAUUUCAUGGUGAGACGUGUUGUGAUAGUGUCAACAAAAUGGCUGCUGUGCAUUCACCGUGCAGUGGUUUUCAAGACCAAAAUUCUGCAUUUCAAGAUGAAAGACUCUCUGUUAAAACACACAAAUAAAAAAGGAAAGUUCUAAAGAACCCUCAUUUUUCUUUUUGUGGACAAGGAAAGCUUUUAUUAUGAAAUCGUUCUUGGAGAAAUUCAACCUUGUUUUCAUAAAGGAGCAGAUGCAAAUUUUUUGAAGAAUGUUCUGGUACAUUUUGUACACCAUGGUCAUAACUUGUCUUUUCUUUGCAGUGAACGCUCUGGCAACAUCACCAGAUGAUGAUAUUGAUGUUAUUCUUAAUCAUGUGCCUUUGUCACCAAGUUCUACGAUACCUCCAAACUCACCUGGCACACCUGGCACACCUGGCACACCUGUAACACCAACAACACCAGUGACACCUGGAGUAGGCACUAAAAUUAGUCUGGUAAUAGUAAUUCAGACAUGUUACUGAAUCUUGGUAAAAAGAUAAUAUUAUUAUUAACUAAUACCAAUUAUUACUAGCUGAUAGCUUAAAUUUUAUCUCAAUACUGGAACCAGACGGCUACCAGAUGUGCUGGAUGUGAGUCAUCACUCAGUUUUGCUCAUGAAAAAGUUGCCUUUUAAACUGGUUUUGCUAUCCAUUUUCUUCAUCAGAACUCACCCAGGAAGAAUUCUAAGAAUGGAUCCUCUCAAGGUAGUACUAGUAGUUCACCUCCUCGCACGUCUUCAUUGAAAACCAAUAGCAUAGGCCAGCAGUCAUUCACGCAAGCAUCAUCAGGAACAAUUUCAAGUCCAGUCAUCAUUAAAGCUAGUGAGUGAAGGGUCUAUUGAUUUAUUUUUGUUUGAGUUGUUCUGUUUUUCUCUGGAGGUUGUCUUAAGUUUUUCUUUAGUUUUGAACUUGUUUGUUGGUUGUUUUUUCUUUAGGUAAUACUCCAGCUAAAGUAGUUAAGUGAGUAUCUGUUGAGUUAACUUUUGUUCGAUUAAAGUUUGCAAUUUUUUAGCAUUCUGAUUUUCAUGAUCUUUUUUUUUCUAAGUUCAUUCAGUUUUGUUUGCCGAACAAUCUACAGUCACUGCUCCACUUUAUUAGUGCUUCUAUGAAAUAAAAUUGUUUUGCGGGCAUCAUUUCUAUCUAAGGCCACCUUGUUUUGACUUGAUCAAAUUACUUAUUAUUUCAUCAGACAAUUUUAUCAGACAAUUUUGAGUCAGACUGGUUCUGAUUGCCCAGAUUUUCUCCUGCACAACAUUUACAAGUGUGGCUGUGAUGCCAUUAUCUAUGUGGGCAGCAAUGAGAUUUUUACAACUCAAUUGCCUCUUGGGAUGUAAUGUGCAGAUUUUUGGUACUUUAUAGUUUAUACAACAGGAGGAAAAUUUUCUAUUUUUUGCCUUGUUUUAUUCUUUUGUUAUAGUUCAAUGAUGCAUUCCAAUGCCUUUGAAAAUCAUGAAUCCAGUAAUGGAGAAGAGCAGUCACUAAAGACUCCUCCACCAAACACUCCUCCACCCCCCGUGUCUGGGUAUGCUGUGGCUGCCAGUGCACAGCAGAACCAUGUGGACAGCGGACCAGUAUCACCACCGGCAUCUGCUGUAACAUCAAGAUUAGUGAAUCAUGUCUCCUCAGCGGCACCAACGAUACCCAAUAGCAUAUCAAGACUUGCGUCAUUGGCUGGAAAUAGUACAGACCAGUCUGUGCAGAGCAACCACCUUCCUGGUAAGUUGAUUAUGGAAAUGAAUGCCGACAACAACAACAACAACAAAAAUGAUAAUAGUAAAAAUAAUAAUAACUAAAGGUAAGGGAGUAUGGGUGAGAUUGAUGGAAAUGCUCUUGUGCCCACACUGUGCUUUACGUAAAUUUUGAGCAUGAGUGAUAGAAGGUCCAAAUGAGCAUGCUCAGAUUGCAUUCAAUGCAUUCCAUUAUUUCUCGUUUAAAGUCCAAGCAAAUGCUAGCUACAUACAUGCCCUGCAUGUGUACAUAGAUUCAGCACAUGGGUAAAACAAACCUGUCGAUUAGGAUUGUGUGCUUGGUCUUUGCCUUCCUGUUAGACAGUGAAUGACCAUUUUGCAGGUGAUAAACUUCCGUUCUCUUAAAUUUUUGCAGAAACAGAAAGCAUCCCAUCAAGCAUGUCCGAUUUUGUGUCAUCCAUUGCAUCCCUUUCCAUCACAUCUCCUCCAACGAUAUCAACAGCAACACAACCGUCACAGCCAAACUCAAUGCCGCAACCAUCUCCAGGUCUUAGUUCUGUGAUAGGAAUCAAGCCUGCAACAUCUUCAGUGGUGCCAACACCUGUACAGUCUGUUUCAACAAGCCUGACAUCCUCUGUGCCUCCAAGUUCUGUCCCUUCAUCUGUUCAGUCGUCAGAUCUUAGUGGCUUUAACUUGUCGAUGGCUCCUCCCAUGGUGUCCAAUUCCAGUUCCCUGUUGUCAAACUCUACAGUUUCAAUGGGAGAUCCUUUGGUGCAUGUACCUUCAUCCAAUCCACCCACAUCAAUUUUGAAUGGUUCCCAUCUCAUGUCUAACCCAGGAGUGAGUCAGGUAUUUGUGGCAGUACAGUUGACUCCGUCCUAACAGGCACCUCUGUAAGACGGACACCCUGCGUUUCUUUACUCCCUUUAUUUGACUCUCUAUAAGACCGACAUCACUCUUGACAGACCUUGAGUACCAGUCCUAAUGGUGCCCAUCAAGACAGAGUCGACUCUAUGGGUUUUGUUAAUAGACACUGUUUUUGGCAUAGUAAAUUGUGAAAUUGUACACUUAUACAUUGUAGACCAAACCUUUUCUCAGUUCCUUUUUAUUUAAUUACCGAUGCGCUACCUUUCUUAGUAAAACACUGAAUAAGAUAUCAUAGACCCCAUACAGAGAGAAUUUUCUGGCAUGUUAUGUUUACUUCAAAAUCUAGUUAAAUUGACUUCUUCUCUUCAUAUUUUUUUCCAACAGGCUUCAACAUCAAAUUCAUUUUCAUCACUGAAGUCGAUAGCAGCACAAGCAGUAGCUACAGCAGGGUUGAACAAUCCAAUCUCUGCACCAACAGACUACAGUGCAGAAAGCAGAGGUGAAGAUUAUUUAUUAUUGAGAAAUAAAUGUCAAAUUUCCCAAAAUGACGUCUUACACAUGAAAUUUUCAGAAUUUUACUUGUGUUUUCACAGUUCUUUGUGAAAUUUGACAUUUAUUUUCUCAGGCUCCCAUGAGAAAUAGUCUUCAGUGUUAUAACAGAUAACUAAUUAUAUCUAUAGCCCUUGAAAAAUGUAAAAAAGAAUGUGACUUUGUUUAAAUUAUUCUGGUUCAAGGUUUUUGUCCACUGAAAGUUGAAAUUACGCAAUUUUCUGAUGGAUUCCGUCUUAACCUCUUCCAUUGUCAGAAGGGGCCAAAGUCAAAUUUAGAUUAUAACUCCAAGUCACAGCAAACGAAAAGUCCACAUUUCAUUUCACCGAGUUGAUCAUAUUCAACCUGACUAUCAUCCUUACAGUACAACUACUGUAACCAGGGACACCUGGACAAAGUUGACCAAUCAGAUUACAGGAAAAUAAGAACACAUUCCAAGAAAGUUAGUUGUGGGCCAAUCAGCAGCUCCUAAAAAAACAAUAAGUUGCCAAAGUUCAACUUUAAAUAUUGACAGCAAACGUUUCACACUAAAGCAGACUGUUUCACCAGACAAUGUUUUUCUAUUUGAAACUAGCACCCAGGAGACAUAUUUGUUUGACACAAGCUGUUACUUUGUCACCUACCAGCAAUUUCUUCACUACCAUUGUUGCACUUUGCAAUAAAAACAUGCGACCUUAAGUCCAAAAUAUGACUAACGUUUUCAUUUUUUGCCUCAGUCAACACUAACAGACUUCUCAGGAAACAUAGGCUUUCUUAUCAGGUUGAUUUCGAUCCGUGUUGUUGAUUUCAUUCUGUGGUAAUAAUGAUUGACAACUAACUUUCUUGGAAUGUAUUGUUAUUUUCCUGUCUUCCAACUGGUCAACUUUGUUAUAGUAGUCGCACUGUAAGUGUUACCAACUCUUGACUUUGUCUUUGUCCUAUGACCUUUUAUUGAAUCUUUCAGUAUUUUUACACAACAUGUGGGUUUUGGAGGGGGUACAUGUAUGUCAGGAGGGUAUUGCUAUUAAUUUUUAGGUCAAUUCUGUGCUUAGGUCAUAACUUAGUGCCUGCACCCUUACAUAAAAUGCCCCUGUAGAGUUAUGAAGAAGAUAAUAUAAAUUUUAAUAAAUAAUAAAUUUGGGUGAUUUUCGCAGGCAUAGCAUUUAAACUUGAGAAAGUUGUUUCAGUCCAUGUUCUGCCUUAUCCUCCAUUGCAACAGAAACCAGGAAACAGUUUCAAUGCUUAAAUAUACAUGCAGUCUUCAAUAGCAAAACUGUUCCUUUAUUCUUGGAAUUCAGUUGAUGCAAAGACAAGUUUUAGCCUUUUAAAAAGAUGGCAAAUAGCGUGACUUAGCCCCGUAAAACCUCUCAUUUCUUUAUCCGUUUUUAGGACUAUUUGAUUCAAGUGGUAGUCAAACAGCAGAUGACAGCAAAGUAGUUCAAGAGACAAACACAGCACACCUUCAGCCUCUCCUUGGCGUGGCGCCACUGGGUCCUGUACCCUUGAACAAAGAGAGGUGUUAUCAGUUGGCUAUGCUGGAAGCUGCUUACCACCAUCUACCACUUCCGGCAGACUCAGAGAAAGUCAGGUACAAACACGUUUUGUGGUAAUAGGAAUGUGAUGAAACAAAAAUCGAGGACAUAAGGAACUUGAUGUCUCGAUGGCUUUGUGUCAUCAAUUCUUAUCAGAAAUGUGUUGGUGAAUUUUAAGCCUGGUGAUAACAUGAGAAAGAUGUUUAUUAAGUCUGUGACACAGGCAGCUCGGAAAAAAAAAAUCAGAAUACUCACAACAGGAGUUGAACCAUAUCAAUUUAGGUUUCUGGCAAACUACCCACCUACCCCUCCCCAAGCCAGCAUUAUCACUUACUUCUCACUUAGGGCAAAAUAUUAGGUUAAGGGAGGGGUGGUUGGGCAGUUUCCCAGACACGUAAAUUGUUCCGUUAAACCUAUGACCUUCUGGUAUAAACUAGUCAAGAUGCUCUACCACUAAGCUGCAGGAGACGUGGGAGUUCGGUCGUUUCGAUACGAACUCCGGCAGUGAUAUUGCACAAAAAUUUCAAUCACUUCAAGUAUUUAUUUUGCGGGUGAACAUGCAAAACAUUUUGGGUGAAUAUUCUUCAUUCUUUAAGCCAAGUACCUGGAACUAUUUACACCUGAACUGAAUAAACUUGUAUCAAAACGGCUUUGUAUCGAGAGAACGUAAACCGAGACAUGUGAAAGUUUAGUUACUUUCCUGGAGGUUAUUCUUUUUAGCUCUGGUGGCUUUCUGCAUGAUUUGAAACUUUUGAUGAAAUAUCACAGAGAACCCACAGUACACGUACGCAGAAAGAAAAUGUUAUCUUGUUUGUUCACCGUCACCUAGCCUUUAAUGUAAGCAUAAUAUUUCGGGCUAGCAAGCGCUUAUUGAUCGCUAUCCCUGAUGCAAAGUCUUCUUCAAUGAAUUUGUAAAACUGGCUGUACAGAAUGAAAUUAUAGUUCAGGGAAACUUAGAACACUUGUUUUGAUCCCUACAAACUGUAAAACACUCGCAUACAAAUCACCUCUAUUAAUAUUAUCUCAAGCUUGCGAGUACAUUGACAUAGGCGACUCCAAAGAAAAAAUUUGAUGUUCUUGUGUUGUUUGUUGACAGGCAUUGUUUACCACGUAAUCCCUACCCUACACCCCCUCACCAUCAUCAACAUCCCCCACAACAUGUAGACUCUAUAGAAUUUUUCCAGAGAUUGUCAACUGAGACGCUGUUCUUCAUUUUCUAUUACCAAGAGGUAAGUAUCUGGUAUUCUUUGAAGUAGGAGGUUAAAAAGGGCUGCUCGAUCAUGCCUUAGUUAUGAGGGUGAAUUAAGUCCCCAAAAAUAUGCUCACAGAGCUCUACAGGCCUAGAAAUAACUUUUUUGUAGAAUCAAGGGGCUUGAUAUUUCCAACCAGGUCACUGGUUUAGUGGGACAAAGAAGAAAAUUUGCGGGACGGACAUUAAUUUUGUUGAAUUUAAAUUUCUUUUAUUGCUAUGCAAAUCUUCAGCUUUAAUAAUUAUAUUGGUCUUCAGUAUUGCUGUUAAUUUUUGAUCUGUCUGGUUGUGGUGCCUGGCCGCAGGUUAGAUUUGCUCUCACACGAGGCAAAUGUUAGUCAAAUGUUAGACAAUAUCCCAUGAAGAACUGUUAUUUCAACUCUGGUUUCGCAGCUUCUUUUAUGCUCUUUGGAAUUAGGAGUUUUGUGUGUAUGAUAUUGCCUAGUCCCUAGGCCUCAUUAUUCCUUCUCGGCCAAUUCGUUUCGGGUCACGUCGUCCGAGCGAUAAGUGAGGCCGUUUCUGGCCCGUACGCCUCGGAUGCGUCACCGAAGUGAAUUGACCGAGAAGGCCUGGGAAAACGCCGUGCAGGGACUAGGCAAUGUAUGAUACUGACUGACUACCCCUAAUUGCAACAAUAUAUUUUUUUUAAAUAGAAAAGAGAACAGAAAGAAGCUAAAUAGGGAUAAAUUAGGCACCCCCACUACAUCCAAGGAUCUGGUCUGUUGAGAGAACGAAGAUCAAAAAGUCUUUACAAUAGCCAAUGAUAAAGAAAAAUUUAGUUUCGUUCUCUUAUCUCAGUUGAUGUCAAUUUUUUUAAAGUAUUAUACCAUACUGCAUAAGUGUUUUCAGGGUUAUCAUUAUUUUUUUCUUUUUCCUCUUUUUGUUUUUCCUUGUUUGUAAGACAACGCUUUUACAGUUAGAAACUUCAAGUUUGUCCUUUUAAGGGGACGCAUGCUUUAAUCAGCAAUGUGGCAGAAAACAGUAGUCAGUUCUUGUUAAUAUUUAUUUCAGGGAACAAGAGCACAGUACCUAGCAGCGAAAGCGUUGAAAAAACAGUCUUGGAGAUUUCACACUAAGUACAUGAUGUGGUUUCAAAGACACGAGGAACCCAAAGCUAUUACGGACGAAUAUGAACAAGUAGGAUUACCUUAAUCACUAAAGUGGGUUUAUUUGUAUCCUUGUAGUGUUCUGGGACGGGAGUGUUGUUAGAAGGAAUUUGGACAAUUCCAAAUUGAUUGGUUGUUUGGUUGAUUGAUCCAUUGAUUCAAUCAUUCAUUCGUUCAUUAAUUGGCUGAUUGAUUUGUAUCUUUAUUGCGUUCUCCUUUCUUUCUAUGCCGUUAUAAAAGGGACAGUGUCCCGAUAAUGUGCACAUAAGGGAAAAAGGAACAAUACUAUCAUUGAUCUGUAAUUCUGAGAAGUUUUAGUGUAGCAUCGAACUCGGCCAAGCGCGAUGCAAACGGAUCUUCUCAAGGUUCUCUUACACCCCUCGCAUCUUUUGAAUUCCCGACAUCCUGUUAGAAAAUCAAAGGCUGGUAAAUGCGUAGUAACGUAACGGGAUACUGUUCCUUUAAAUUGCUUCUUAUAAGCUCCCCCCACCCCCCAUUGAUAGGCCCAUCUAUCUGUAAACAAAACACAUACAAAAACAAUACAUACAAUCAGACCUCCCCCGACCCCGCAUAUAAGCCCCAUCCAAAUUUAUUGAAAUGAAUUUCGACUUCCGGUUGACGUCUCAGCGUCUGUCGCUCAAAAAUGCUGUUGUUUAAGCUCCUUAUUGUCGAUGGGUUUAACUGGAAAUGCAUCCUAUCAUUCAUUUAUUUUCUGACUUUGGGUUCUGUCCUUUCAGGGAACUUACAUCUAUUUUGACUAUGAAAAAUGGGGCCAAAGAAAAAAAGAGGGCUUCACAUUUGAGUAUAGAUACCUCGAAGACAAGGAACUGCCUUAGAGGAUCGUAAAGAAGGGUCAAUAACCAGGCGUGGUCUAAACCGCGAGACACAAACCUCAAGGAUAAAAACCAAACAACAAAUGGCACGUGACCUAUGCGUGCGAGGCACGUGCUAGCAACGAAGAGGACGUGAGAGGAAAAGGUUGCGACACUCGUGCAGAUUUUUUUUACCGGCAGUGUCCAUGUUGGGUUAGUUUGAAGGGAUUAACGGAUCUGAUCUUGACAGCUCCGUUCGACCUCGUCUGUUUUAUGAACACUGGCUUGUUUAUAAUUGUAAAUAUGAAUGCUAGCUCUAACAAUUCCGUUCAUUAAAAAAUUGAAGC